GGAAGUGCCGUCCCCGCGCCCCCUCCCCCAGCCACGCCGCCGCGCGCUCUCCCUCCUCCUCCCCACGCCCGGCCGGCGAGACGGCGGCGGAGUCGCGACGGAGGCCCCGGCGGGCAGGCGGGCGGCCGCGGGCUGUGAAGAAGAAACAGAGGCCGACCCACAGGGAUCCCCCAUUGUGGCAGUAACGGAAGCCCCCAUAAGGAGUCCAGUGAUGCUGCCCAGGCUGUGAACAGGAAAGGCGGCGUUGUGGGGGCUGCCGGCAGCCGGGGCUCAGGAGAGACAUGUGGACACGUGGCCUCUAUGGCUCCCGCCUGCCAGAUCCUCCGCUGGGCCCUCGCCCUGGGGCUGGGCCUCACAUUCGAGGUGACACGUGCCUUCCAGUCUCAAGAUGAGUUCCUGUCCAGUCUGGAGAACUAUGAGAUCGCCUUCCCCACCCGAGUGGAUGACAAUGGAGCACUGCUGGCCUUCUCACCCCCUGCCCCCAGGAGGCAGCGUCGGGGCACAGGGCCUGCAGCAGAGUCCCGCCUCUUCUACAAGGUGGCCGCACCCAGCACUCACUUCCUGCUGAACCUGACGCGCAGCUCCCGCCUUCUGGCAGGGCACGUCUCUGUGGAGUACUGGACACGGGAGGGUCUGGCUUGGCAGAGGGCUGCCCGGCCGCACUGCCUCUACGCCGGCCACCUGCAGGGCCAGGCUGGCAGCUCUCAUGUGGCCAUCAGCACCUGUGGGGGCCUGCAUGGCCUGAUUGUGGCAGAUGAGGAGGAAUACUUGAUUGAGCCCCUGCAAAGUGGACCCAAGAGGGGCCAGGGCCCAGAGGAGAGUGGCCCCCACGUGGUGUACAAGCGUUCCUCCCUGCGUCACCCCCAUCUGGACACAGCCUGUGGAGUGAGAGAUGAGAAACCAUGGAAGGGGCGGCCGUGGUGGCUGCGCACCCUGAAGCCACCACCUGCCCGGCCGCUGAGCAAUGAAACAGAGCGCAGCCAGCUGGGCCUGAAGCGUUCAGUCAGCCGAGAGCGCUACGUGGAAACCCUGGUGGUGGCCGACAAGAUGAUGGUGGCGUACCACGGGCGCCGAGAUGUGGAACAGUACGUGCUGGCCAUCAUGAACAUUGUUGCCAAACUUUUCCAAGACUCGAGUCUGGGAAACAUCAUUAACAUCCUGGUAACUCGGCUCAUCCUGCUCACAGAAGACCAGCCUACUUUGGAGAUCACCCACCAUGCCGGGAAGUCACUGGACAGCUUCUGUAAGUGGCAGAAAUCCAUCGUGAACCGCAGCGGCCAUGGCAACGCCAUUCCGGAGAACGGUGUGGCCAACCAUGACACAGCGGUGCUCAUCACGCGCUAUGACAUCUGCAUCUACAAGAACAAACCCUGUGGCACACUAGGCCUGGCCCCUGUGGGAGGGAUGUGUGAGCGAGAAAGAAGUUGCAGCAUCAAUGAGGACAUUGGCCUGGCCACAGCGUUCACCAUUGCCCAUGAGAUCGGACACACGUUUGGCAUGAACCACGACGGCGUGGGGAACAGCUGUGGGGCCCGGGGCCAGGACCCAGCGAAGCUCAUGGCCGCCCACAUCACCAUGAAGACCAACCCAUUUGUGUGGUCAUCCUGCAGCCGCGACUACAUCACCAGCUUUCUGGACUCAGGCCUGGGGCUCUGCCUGAACAACCGGCCCCUCAGACAGGACUUCGUGUACCCAACCGUGGCACCUGGCCAGGCCUACGACGCGGACGAGCAGUGCCGCUUCCAACAUGGAGUCAAAUCGCGUCAGUGUAAAUACGGGGAGGUCUGCAGUGAGCUGUGGUGUCUAAGCAAGAGCAACCGGUGCAUCACCAACAGCAUCCCCGCCGCGGAGGGCACACUGUGCCAGACACACACCAUCGACAAGGGGUGGUGCUACAAGCGGGUGUGCGUCCCCUUCGGGUCACGGCCUGAGGGCGUGGAUGGGGCCUGGGGCCCAUGGACCCCAUGGGGCGACUGCAGCCGGACUUGUGGGGGUGGCGUGUCCUCCUCCAGCCGUCACUGCGACAGCCCCAGGCCCACCAUCGGGGGCAAGUACUGCCUGGGCGAGAGACGACGGCAUCGCUCUUGCAACACGGAUGACUGUCCCCCUGGCUCCCAGGACUUCAGGGAAGUGCAGUGCUCUGAAUUUGACAGCAUCCCUUUCCGUGGAAAAUUCUAUACAUGGAAAACAUACCGAGGAGGGGGCGUGAAGGCCUGCUCACUCACCUGCCUGGCAGAAGGUUUCAACUUCUACACGGAGAGGGCGGCAGCCGUGGUGGACGGGACACCCUGUCGCCCUGACACAGUGGACAUUUGUGUCAGUGGCGAGUGCAAGCACGUGGGCUGUGACCGGGUCCUGGGCUCGGACCUGCGGGAGGACAAGUGCCGAGUGUGUGGGGGUGACGGCAGUGCCUGCGAAACCAUCGAGGGCGUCUUCAGCCCAGCCUCACCAGGGGCCGGGUAUGAGGAAGUCGUCUGGAUCCCCAAGGGCUCCAUCCACAUUUUCAUCCAGGACCUGAACCUCUCCCUCAGUCACCUAGCCCUAAAGGGAGACCAGGAGUCCCUGCUGCUGGAGGGGAUGCCCGGGACUCCUCAGCCACACCGCCUGUCCCUGGCUGGGACCACCUUUCAGCUGCGACCAGGCCCAAAUCAGACACAGAGCCUAGAAGCCCUGGGACCCAUUAAUGCAUCUCUCAUUGUCAUGGUGCUGGCCCACACAGAGCUGCCUGCCCUCCGCUACCGAUUCAACGCGCCCAUUACCCGCGAUGCACUGCCCCCCUACUCCUGGCACUACGCACCUUGGACUAAGUGCUCUGCCCAGUGUGCUGGAGGCAGCCAGGUGCAGGCCGUGGAAUGCCGCAAUCAGCUGGACAGCUCAGCCGUGGCCCCCCACCAUUGCAGUGCCCACAGCAAGCUCCCCAAGAGACAGCGUGCUUGCAACACAGAGCCCUGUCCACCUGACUGGGUUGUGGGAAACUGGUCACACUGCAGCCGCAGCUGUGAUGCGGGCGUGCGCAGCCGCUCUGUUGUGUGUCUGCGCCGCAUGUCGGCUGCGGAGGAGAAGACGCUGGAUGAUAAUGCAUGCCCACAGCCACGCCCACCCAUCCUGGAGGCCUGCCAUGGCCCUGCCUGCCCGCCGGAGUGGACCGCCCUUGACUGGUCGGAGUGCACCCCCAGCUGCGGGCCGGGCCUCCGCCACCGUGUAGUCCUUUGCAAGAGUGCAGACCACCGCGCAACACUGCCCCUCGCCCACUGCUUGCCUUCAGCCAAGCCACCAACCACCAUGCGCUGCAACUUGCGGCGCUGCCCCCCUCCUCGCUGGGUGGCAGGAGAGUGGGGCGAGUGCUCCGUGCAGUGCGGCCUCGGGCAGCAACAGCGCUUGGUGCGCUGCUCCAGCUACACCGGCCAACCAUCACGGGAGUGUACCGAGGCCCUGAGGCCACCUACCAUGCAACAGUGUGAGGCCAAGUGCGACAGCACACCCCCUGGGGACAGUCCUGAAGAGUGCAAAGAUGUGAACAAGGUCGCCUACUGCCCCCUAGUGCUCAAAUUUCAGUUCUGCAGCCGAGCCUACUUCCGCCAGAUGUGCUGCAAAACCUGUCAUGGCCGCUAGGGGGCGCGCGGACCCCUGAGGCACAACUGAGCGCCGGCUUGGGAGGGGGUCCGGGGCGGGUCGCAGCUGGCCAACCUGAAGGAGUACGAGGGCAGGAGCUGGAAAUGAAGGGUUGAGAUGGAGCCGGAAGUUAUUUAUUGGAAACCCCUGCAAAGCCCCAGGCUGGAAAAUAGAAUGGGGCUGACCAUCCCCAGGGCCCCUCCUCAGCCCCUUUCCCGCUUCACAGUGAGACCCCCUCCAGGGUGGGUUGGAGGAGGGAACAACUGUUUGACUUAGCACCCUUUUCACCCACCCCUAGGGAGUCCCCAAAGCUCCUCCAUCUUUGAUCGGAAUACAUACUGUGAAGAGUGGGGAUGGGAAAGGGAGUCAGCCUGUGCCCUGACCCCCAGCACUGGCCUAUCCCUUCACUCUGGGCUGGAGGGGGUCUGUCCUCCAUGGGGGAAAGGAUUAGCACCACUUCCCUGAUACCCUUCUCCUGACCACACCAGCUACAGGGGUGGGUUAGAGGUGGGAAGGCCACUCCGACCUUUGCCUGUCCCAGGGGACCCAAUAUCCAGGCAGCCCCGUCCUGGUGCUGCAGGCCCUGCCCUGGGGCCCGCACACCCCUUGCCAGGAAGUGCUACAUCAAUAAAGCUCUGUCUUGUGUAGAUUUCC